AUGCCAACCUACUUAUGUCACGGUUUUCGAUGGACGCGCAGGCUCAUCCGCAUUUGGGUCAUCAUGGAGGAUCUGGAUGAUGCCGCGCCAGAUUGGAUCACGGGUCGCACCACCUCGGCGGUCAUCCUCGAACGCUUCGCCACCAAAUUCAACUACUUACCUCAACGCCCGCCCUCACAGCAGCAGCCUGAGCAGAAUUCGGAGCACCAGCAAGAAGAGGCACAGCAAGAGGAGAAGAAGAUUGCUCAUCAAGACGACGAUUUGACUGUGCCUCCAUCACGUGUUCCCGACGCUGAAGACAGUGUCUUGGUCAACCAAUCAUCUCCAGUGAAGCUGCUGGAGGAGUACGACCCGGAGGAAACAUUCAUCUCGGCGCGACCAUUCGCCUAUGUCGCAGACCACGUCAUUCGCAUAGAUCUGAGCGCCAACGUAUUAGAGGAAAUCGCCAAAUACGAGGCUCUCGUCAAGGAGAUGGAUGAGGGCAACUGGUUCGAAAGGCUCCGCGACGAGCUGCAAAUGGGGAUGGCAAAGGCGCCGCCUAUUGAGUGGUACGUCGUCGUCAAUGGAGACGAGGAGCGC